AUGGGUCGCCGGAUCAGAGUCCAGCGUAAGGGAGCUGGUGGAAUUUUCAAAUCCCACAACAAGCACAGAAAGGGUGCCGCUAAGUUGAGACCUCUCGACUACUCUGAGCGUCAUGGAUACAUCAGAGGAGUCGUAAAGGAGAUCAUCCACGACCCUGGACGUGGUGCUCCCCUCGCCAUCGUUGCUUUCCGUAACCCAUACAAAUACAAAACUGACAAGAGCACAAUCAUCGCUGCCGAAGGAAUGUACACCGGACAGUUCAUUUACUGCGGAUCCAAGGCUUCCGUCCAGAUCGGAAACAUCGUUCCAGUAGGAAACCUUCCUGAAGGAACCACCAUCUGUAACGUCGAAGGAAAGUCCGGAGAUCGUGGAAAGCUCGCCAAGGCUUCCGGUAACUACGCCACCGUUAUCGCCCACAACCCUGACACCAAGAAGACCCGUAUUCGUCUCCCAUCUGGAGCCAAGAAGGUUGUUCAAUCCGCCAACAGAGCCAUGAUUGGUCUUGUUGCUGGAGGAGGACGUACCGACAAGCCUCUCCUCAAGGCCGGACGUGCUUACCAUAAGUAUAAGGCUAAGAGAAACAGCUGGCCAAGAGUUAGAGGAGUUGCCAUGAACCCCGUUGAACAUCCACACGGAGGAGGUAACCAUCAACAUAUUGGUCACCCAUCUACAGUCAGAAGAGAUGCCAGUGCUGGUAAGAAGGUUGGUCUCAUCGCCGCCAGAAGAACCGGAAGAAUUCGUGGAGGAAAGCCAGUCAAGUUCACCAAGGAGGAGACUGUUUAA